GUAGGGCGCGGCGGUGUAUUUGUUGCGUCCAAGUAUGAUGAUCGCGUCCCACUCACCGUAGACGACUUCCACUUCAUCUGUGACGGCGCGUACUUGCGGCGCGAAAUGUCCUGAUGGAGAUGACGGUGUUCAAGACGAUCGGCUUCGACUUGGGCAUUCCGCCGUCGUAUCGCUUCCUGCGGCGGUAAGCCCGCGUCCCGCCCUUACACUGGCCCGCUACCGCUGGAAUACGCCAUCGUGCAGCUGAGCGACUCAAAGCUCGCGGGUGCGGCGCUCAUGAGCAACAUGUCCGGCUGGAACACGACGUUGGAGUUUUGUUCAGGCUACAAAAUUGAAGACUUUGCCGCGUUCGCCGUGCUGAAAUCGCCGAAGAAAUCGCUCAACACCGUCCACCAAGAAUACUCGCACGAGCUGUUUUCGGAGUCGGCCAAAGCGCUUCAUCACCGAUCCGCGGGUGCUGUUUGACGACCCGGCUCGACCUGACCGCGAUUUAGCAGCUGCAGGUGCCGGCCUCGUCGCUCUCGAUGACGACCGUGAGCAGCAACAGCAGCAGCGCCAGGUCGGCCGCCACGACCGGAAUCACGACGGCCGUGCAACGUUAUCAAGUACGCCCUUGAUGUGAUAGGGAACUGGCGCGUCAGCGGACAAUCCUGGUCAAGCGCAUCGUGCACGUGAAGCCAUCCCGCUCUCGUAAGGACUUCCCGCGUCGCGUCGAAGAAACGACAAGGCACGCCACGAACUGUGCACCUACAACCGCGAGGCCUUGAUCUGUUGUGCGCAGCACCGCACACUACGUGACGA